AGCCACCCAGCACCCCCCCUCAACUAAAACCCAAUCUCCGAUAAACUACUAAUAGCUAAACCACUUGGACUAUAAAACACAACAAAUCAUAAACCAAGGAAAAGAGCUGUGCCCUCCCAAUGAGUUCCUAUUUUGUAAACUCAACUUUCCCUGUGACUCUGCCCGGAGGACAGGAGUCGUUCUUGGGACAGAUACCCUUAUACUCCUCCGGAUACACAGACCCUUUACGACACUAUCCCGGUGCUGGUUAUGGAGCUAGCAGUGUCCAGGAGAAGGCGUACCCCUCCUCCUUUUACCAGAACGGUGCGUACGGCAGGGCGAGCGCCGCCGGUGCCUGCGAUUACGCGACGGCGAGCUUCUACAGGGAAAAGGACCCCACUUGUGCCCUCUCCAGCAUAGAGGAACACUCCCUCGUCCUCAGUCAGGACCACCGUAAAACAGACUGCACAGGGCCGGCGGGGAAAAGCAUCUACACCGAGGGCGACGAACAGAAGCCGACGGCGCCGGUUUAUCCGUGGAUGCAGCGAAUGAACUCAUGCAACGGGACCUUCGGUAACCCCGGCCGGAGGGGUCGUCAGACGUACACCCGUUACCAGACGCUAGAGUUGGAGAAAGAGUUCCAUUUUAACAGGUAUCUGACCCGGAGGCGUCGUAUCGAGAUUGCGCACGCACUGUGCCUGACGGAGCGCCAGAUCAAGAUCUGGUUCCAAAACCGGCGCAUGAAGUGGAAAAAGGAGAACAAACUGAUCAACUCUUCACAAACCAGUGGCGAGGAGGAAGAAGAGAAGAGGACAGAAUGAAACUGUAAAGAAAAAAAUGCAAGAAAUAUGAAAAUGGCUUAGAAGGCAUAAGACACCUCAACUUAUCAUCAGAAAGGAUGACUCUCCCCUGUGUAUAUAAAUUCGCGCCGGUGAAAUUGUGUUGGUAAAUUCACUGUAGCAUUCCACUUAUUGUCAUUUUAUUAUUAUAAUUAUUUUCUUUUUCUUUUUAGUUUCUUUUUUUUUACAUGAUGUCGUAUUAAUGUGUUUUUGUGCGCGCAUAUCAUGACUUAGGAUUUGGUCUCAUAGAUAAGACGACCAUGUUUAACGAAGCUAUUUGAAAUGUUACAUUCGUGUUCAUAUUUAAGCUAUGUGAAAAUAAAA